GAAAAACAAAAUUAAAUAUUCUCCUCCUCUUCUCCUUCUUCCCUCUUCCUCUUCCUUUUUCCUUCAGCAACCGGCAAAAGGCAGGAAGAAGAGAAGAAGAAGAAUCACGCCGUACUCCUUUCUUGGUUCUUCUUUUCUCAGGAAGCUCUCUGCUGUUUUGCUCCUUCAUUUUGCUUGUGCUAUUCCGGCUCACGAGCGACCAGUGAAAAUCCACUAGAGCUUUCUAUUCCUCGUAGUCGCAGAAAAUGGCGAUGACGGUUGAAGGGCUUGCCGGUCUCGCUUUUAUGUUCUCAGCUAGUAUUCUGCUACAAAUACUGGCCUGUGCAAUAUACAACAAUUGGUGGCCCAUGUUAUCAGCUCUUAUGUAUGUGCUAGUGCCUAUGCCUUGUUUAUUCUUUGGAGGUGGAUCAACUCAGUUUCUUAUAAGCCGGGAUGGUGGCGGUUGGAUAGAUGCUGCAAAGUUCCUCACUGGAGCAUCAGCCGUUGGGAGCUUAGCGAUUCCUAUCAUCCUUAGACAUGCCAAUAUGAUUGAAACAGGGGCAAUGUUCAUCGAGUUCACGUCGUUCUUCAUCUUUGUAUGCACAGUCAUGUGUUUUCAUCGAGCUAGCUUGGAGGACGACUGGUGAUGCACAUUCGUUCUGUCCAGUUGGUAACUAAAUUCCUGAUGUAACUCUUGUUUUUUUUUUCCGGACAAAAACUUGAUCGAAAGAUGAUAGAGCAUCGUUACUGGCUUACCGCACUAUUGCCCUGUAUAUCCACUUCAUUUCAUGUAUAUCAAUUACACAUUACAAGUUGCAACAACGAAGUUGUGGCUCUCCGAAAUCGAUCAGACAUCAUCGUCGGGCUCUGCGAUGUAAGAGACGCUUCACAUCGAACUGGCUGCAU